AUGAAUAAAAAUUUUUUAUUUACAUUAUUUUUAGUGUUUGUAAAUGUAAUUUUUGUUGCAUCACAAAGAGUCAAUAUUUCAGUUGAUUACAGUAUUAAUAAAGGAUAUAGCAAUUCACAAUGUGGUGUUGAUACAGAACCAGCCUGUACGUCAUUAGAAGAUGCAGGAAAUAGAGCAAUUUUGGAAUCUGUAGAGAAUAAUGCAACCCCAAUUUUAAUUUAUAUCCUCAGUAAUAUUAAUGGAUCAGCGCCUGCUUCUCUUGGUAAUUUGUAUUCAGUUUGUGCAUUUAUUCAAAUUCUAUCACCAAAUGCAAGCAAUCCAUUCACAAUUGAUGGAUCAAAUACAGAUCAACCAUUUUUAACAAUUGAAGAACCAAGUGAACAACAAACAACAUCAUCAACAUCAUCAUCAUCAUCAUCAUCACCAACAUGUUUAAUUCAAAGAAAAAUUUAUAUAUCAAAUUUAAAAUUUACAAAUUGGAAACAAACCCUUAUUAAAAUCCAUAUAAAUCAAGAAACAAAAGAAACACCAACUGACCAAUCAAAGAGUAUUAUAUUACAAGUUUUCAGAACAGAGGUAUCUUAUUCAAGUAGUAUUUUAUUAAUUUAUCCAAAGAAUCAAAAUGAAUAUUAUAAUUAUAAUUCAAUAGCGAUUUUGGCUAUGAUUACAGCUAAAUAUAUGACCUCUUCACCAAACUUACUCGCUCCAAAUUCUAUUGAUGAAUUAUUACCACCUUUAUAUAUCGUCGGUGCUGCGGUUCAAGAUCAAAUUUAUCUUGAAAAUAGUAAUAUCUCAUUAACUCCAUUUUUCUACAUUGAAAAGUGCCUUUGGAAAGGUGGUAUCAGAAACAUCUCUAAUAAUAUCUUUUCUUGUAACCCUUAUAUGUUCUUUGUUAAAAGUCAUAUGUUCAGUAUAGGUAUGAUUUCAUUUUUUAACAAUGAAGUUAUGACCUAUAUUUAUAUUUUAGAACAACAAGCCGAUUUUGUAGCUAUCACACCAGUAGCAGAUUUAGCCAAUAUUUCAACGCCAACCUAUUGUCAUAAAAACAAAUAUUUAAACCAUCAAUACUAUAACUCAUUUACUGUAUUUAUAAGAGGAAAUUCAACUUUUUCUGAUCUUUAUUUUAAUAUGCUCAGCUACUAUAAAUCAAAUAUUGAUUUUUUUUAUGCCCAAGAUUCAAAUAUCAAUUUUGAAUUUGCUGCUACUUAUCCACCAAAUCGCGGAUAUGCGAAUCUAUUCAAAAUUAUCAAUUGCACCCUCAGAAUUUAUAAUGUAGAUAUGUCCGUCUAUCAAUUCCCAAUUGUUGGCUCAAAUUCGUCUGUAUACCUUGAUAGCUAUUAUUUAAAUAACACUCUCAUUUUCAAAAAUGAAACCUUUUGUAAUUGUAGUGAUUGUUUAUAUUAUGAAUAUUUAAAUUCAAAUAUCAAAAGAAUUGAUACUUCUUUUAGAUAUUCCUUAUGCAACCCUAAACUUACUCCAACUCCAUCAACUACCACUACUCCAACACCUUCAACAACUACAACUUCAACAUCUACAACUAUUACAGAUCCAACAGCAACAACUACCACUACAACCACUUUAAUUCCAACUUCAACAACUUCAACAACUACAUCAACAACUUCAACAACAACUACAACAACAACGACAAUAAUAACAACAACAGCUGCAACAACGAUGACUGCAACAACAGCUGCAACAACGACAACUUCAAUUCCAACUACCUCAAUAACCACUUCAGACAUAACCACAUCUCCCAUACAAACAGGUUCACAUUCAACUUCAAGUGCAGAAAAAAUAUCAAUGGCCGAGCCAACUUCAAAAAGAACCUCAAUAAUGGUAUUGUUUAUUGUGGUAAUAGUGUUUAUUUUCAUGUAA